AUGCUCAUCACUGAACAAAUGGAAUGGACAACCGAAGCGGACGAAGCCUACCAAGAUAUUAAGGAAGCACUGAUAUCGGAACAGGUAUUAACACCAUACGACCCGGCACUACCACUACUACUCGCAACAGACGCUAGCCAAACAGGUCUGGGAGCUGUCCUCUCGCACCGUUUCCCCAACGGGACAGAACGCCCAAUAGCCUAUGCCAGCUGCACGAUGUCGAAGACAGAACAACGGUACCCGGUCAUCGACAAAGAAGCCCUUGCUAUCGUGUGGGCUGUGAAAAAAUUCUUCCACUACCUAUACGCCCGGAAAUUUACGUUGAUAACGGACCACAAGCCACUUACACACAUUUUGAACCCGGAAAAAUCACUACCGACACUCUGUAUCAGCCGCAUGGCCAACUAUGCCGAUUACCUGGCACACUUUAAUUUCGACAUAGUAUACAAACCAACUAAGCAAAACACCAAUGCAGACUAUUGCUCGAGAAUACCGAGUCAAUACAACGGAUCGGAGGUCAACAACUUAUCGCUACAGGAGAGAGGAAGCGGCGAAGAUGAACUGGAGCGGUUUACCGUUAAACAAAUACAACAACUGCCAGUUCGUGCCGAUCAAAUUGCACGCGAAACACGGAAGGAUCAACAGCUCGGAACAAUAGUGCAACUGCUAGAGGCAGGCCGGAACCUCGCAUCUUCUGGAUACAAGGCACCGGAAGCAAAAUACAGCCUAGUAUCCAAAUGCCUACUCUUCGAACACCGGGUGGUUAUCCCAAAAUCACUACAGCAGUCAAUUCUGACAGAUCUACACGUCGGGCACAUCGGAGUUGUAAAAAUGAAGGGUCUCGCCCGAUCAUUUGUGUAUUGGCCAGGCAUCGAUGCGGACAUCGAGAAGGUCGCAAAAUCGUGCACAGACUGUGCACAAUCAUUACCAGCACCACCUAAAUUCAACAGCCAUCACUGGGAAUACCCUAAAGGACCGUGGGAGCGUAUACACAUUGACUACGCGGGACCUGUCGCAGGCACAAUGCUGCUCGUGGUUGUAGACGCAUACAGUAAAUGGGUGGAAGUCAAGACAACCACGACAUCCACAACGGCUGCAACGAUUAGCAUACUAGCGGAGCUAUUUGCAGCCUAUGGGACACCCAUAACAGUCGUGUCAGACAACGGCCCACAAUUCACAGCAGAAGAUUUUAAAACAUUCCUCGAUCGCAGCGGAGUAUGCCACCACACACGCUCGGCACCUUAUCAUCCGUCCUCGAAUGGACAAGCAGAGCGAUUUGUCCAAACCGUGAAGAGGGCGCUCAGAGCAAUGGGCGCGACCUCACAAGACCUGCAUGGAAAACUACAAGAAUUCCUUCAGCAAUACCGGAAAGCUCCACACGCGGAAACGGGAGAGGCACCUGCACAAUUAUUCAUAGGCCGCAACAUCCGAUCACGACUGGACCUCGUCAGGCCACACGACGUCAGCUGGAGAAUCGCAGGAAAACAGCGUGCCACAUUUGACCCUUCGUUCCGAACAAUGGAUACAGGACAACGGGUCUAUUUUCUGUCCGGAAACCCAUGA